AUGGAUCACGUUCUUGGCAAGGGGAGAAAGGAAGGAUUACCUUCAGGCAGUUGGAGAUCCUAUUCGGUUUCACUAUGGAGAGGGAACCCAUUGGGAUAUCAAGGAAGAGAGCUACAAAGGGUUUGGGCUACAAUCGCUGAUGGAGUAUACUCUUCCUCACGGUCUAAGGCAGCUCAAAUCAGGAGCCCAGUGUUGAGAUAUGUACACAAGGCUCUCGCCAACACCUUCUUUGCAAGGAAAGCGACUGGGACAAUAAAUGAAGAAGAGGUGAAGCUCCUUGACAUGGGAAUCAAGCCCAUCAUCUCACGCACCAAGGAUGGGAAGAAAAUCAGGGGAGAUAGAAUCCAUGCAGGGAAUCUCAUGCCUCUCAUUGACCAGCUACUCUCCUACAAGACAACCGCCUAUAGCACUCGGUUUCAAACGGGUAGGAAGCUUAGUGUUGGAGGAGUCAUCACGCCUAUCCUCUGUGCAGCUGGAGUCCAUUUGGACAAGAGAAGGUCCACUCCAGCAGGAUGGAUGGAUAUUAAGUUUUGCAAGACCAACCUCUUCAUUGAACACAAGGAGUUGGAUGGGAGGUUCCAAUUCAAAUUCACUUAA